GUAAAAUAUUAAAGAGAGAGGGAGCAAACGUCAGUUGUGUGCACGAGUUCAUUUCUGAUGGUCGCCAUUGUUCAACUUGUUCAACUGCAGCCGAGAAUAAAUAACUUGUGUUCACGGAGAUCUCAUCGUUCGACACUGCCAGUUACUUUCUCUCUGCUGUACCACUCGAAAAUAAGUAUGUCGAAUUCAUCGCCGAGAGGUCUGGCCACGGCCACUGUGGAACUAGUACGUGAUACUUCGCGUCGUUUAAGUGCCGAUCUGCGUGACAUGAGUCGUGAUUUCGGCAACGAGUUUCGUAACAUGGGCCGAGAAAUUCGUGACAUUCAUCGAGAGAUUGGCCAACGUUUCCGCAGUUCAUCGUUACAAGGCGUUCCACGCAUCGAGAUCCCUCGCAUUGGCUUACCUUCGUUCGCCGAUGGCCCACGCUACACCAACAUGGACGACGUCAUGCUUCCACCAGGACAAGAAUUGGAUCGACUUUUGGACGACGAUGAGGAGAGCAUGUGGUCGAGCAAUCCACAAUUGUGCUACGAAGAAGAACAAGGUGAAUUCCAGUCCAACAGCAAUCGUCUUUCCAUCAUUCGCUCGCCGAGAACUGAAGAGAUUCUGAAGAAUGUUGAACAAGCUUUACGCAAAACAGAUCAGGCUUUUCGUGACAUGUUGGGAAUGGAGGCAAAGAAGAGCAUGUCAUCUGGCAUGGUAACACCAAAGAACUGCACUAGAGAGCUGCAACAGCGUAUUUCUGCUCCUCCACCAUCUCCAUCCAAUUUCGGCUUAUCUGCCCCGACGAAAUAGUUGACGCCUUUUAUUCCCGUCAAGUCUAAUAAUUUUCUUUCCCUGAUCUAUAUUUAUUCCUCGAUUUCUACCAUUUUUUUGUAAAGCAUUCAUAGAGAUUCAGCGUUUAGCAAUUAAUAAUCAGAUACUGUCUAUAUAUUUCACCAUGAAUAAAGGAGCAAAGUUUAUCUUUUGAA